CGCCCCCUCUCGUUCACGGCAUGGACGACGAAGGCUCGCACUGGGGCCAAUUUCCAGAUAACAUGAGCUACAACACCACAUGGGUAGAGCCAGUACCCGCAGCAACUCCUUCUCGACGAUCCGACAGGACGACCGACGGUCGGAAGUGUGCCGAGUGGGAUCCCCAAGAACACCGCAUUUUCAUCUCUGUGGUAGAGUACGUAACUGCCGAAGGACAUUGUCGUGGUAAAUGCUUCACGAUUGCAGGAUGGGAACGCAUCCGAGAAUUGUUCAACAAACGUGCCGGGAAGGAUUGGACAGUCACUCAACUGAAGAACCACUAGGGCAUUAUGCGAAUGGACCAUAAGCUGCUGAUGGAGUUGCUGCGAUGUACGGGGAUUCACUACGGGCUGAACUCAGGGGGCAGAAUCGAAGCUGACGAUUGGUGGUGGGAGCAGAAAAUAAAGGAAAAUCCAAAGUACAGCAAGUUCCGCUACAACGAAAACAGCGAAAUUUUCCACACAUACGGAAAACUGUUUGGUGUGAUUCAAGACUCCACGAAGUACGCAUUAACGCCGACGAAACUGUCACAACACGGUCUGGAUGUAAGCUCGGACUGCGAUACACAAGCAGAUUUCAAUGACAUGCUGCCGAUCAAUGCAGAGACUACAGACUCAAGUGACGGGCCGGCGAAGGACAAACUGACCUCUACGAUGGACAUUUCUGUUGGCCGAAGUGGUGAGAAGCGUAAAGGGAAGCAGGCACAGGGGAGGGGGAAGAAGAAGAAGUUCGGAGCUAGAGAGGUAUCCGAAUCUGUGGACAAUUUGGCUAGUGCAUCACGGGAGUUUGCAUCUGCCCUUCACUCCCAAGACAAAGGUGUAAUGACAAUAGCAGAUUGCGUGAAUGAUUUGCUGACUACCAAGCUCGUCCAAAGUGGGGACGAGCUUCAUUUGUUUGCUUUGUGAUUCUUUCGAGACGUGACCAAUCGUGCAGCAUAUGCUGCCGCUGAAACGCUGGAGCUUCGAUUUGCAUGGAUGCAGUACUGUUUCGAACGCAACAAAAAGUCGAAGGAAGCAACGUCGUCGAGGGCUCGGCGUAGACUGUAGAUGUCAGUUGCUCGUGUAUGUGAGUUUAUUUAUAGGUUCAAUUGUUUUUAUUCGUAUGAGUUACAAGUAAUUUCGGUCCAGACUUGGUGACAUGUUCCUGCGUUGUAAUUUAAUAU